AUGAAAUCAUCUAGUGUACAGCGAAUGGAGAAAGCUGAGAUGAGGAUGGUGAGGUGGAUGCGCAGGGUAUCACUUCACGAGAGAAAGAAGAACAAAGUCCUCCUUCAAUCAAUGAGAUUGAUGGGGGUGGCACAGGUUAUGAGGAUGAAUAGACUUAGAUGGUUUGGACAUGUGGCAAGAAGAGAGGCAACACACUGGCUCCAGAGGGCUCUAAACUUUCCGGUCACCGGAAGAAGACCUCGCGGGAGACCCAGGAAAACUUGGAGGGAAGCCAUCGAAGAGGAUGCCAAAACAUCGGGUGUCAGUCGUGUGGGUCCCACAGACAGGAAAGCUUGGAAGGCGGCCAUUAAGGAAAUGAAAUGUCCAACCCCACAAAGUGGGACAAAUGGACUCUAA